GACAUUUAUUUUAUCAUACAAAAAUAUGCAAAUUGUUGUGAAUUAGCUUAUAACAUUUUUAUAAAAUGCAAGCGACUUGUAAAGUGUAAACACAUAUGAAGCUCAGGGUUUCUAUAAUAAUAUAAAUAAAUUUUGUCGUUUAUGUAUACAGUAAAAAUAUACAAAUCGCAAAUCUGGGUGAUUAUCUCGCCUUGCAAAUGUUGCAUAGGUUUGAAGUACCACAAAAUUUGUUUACCUAUAUGAAAAAAAUUUGUUACCUUAAAUAGUAAUUAAAACUUGAGAAAAGACCCUAAUAAUACAUCUUACGGUAACCUUUAUAUUAUGAAGUGGCGAUAACCUUAAUUAAUGUACUUGCAACUUUGAACUUAUCUGAUUUAGAGGAGAGGAGUUUGUUAUCUGUGUUAUAAUUGAAGUAUAAACCAUAUAAUAGUCAAUACACAAUUAAUUAACAUCUGAUAUAUACAUUUGAAAUUGAAUCUCCACAAUGCAAGCUAAAGAAAAAUCACAUAUAGAGAAGGAAAAUAGAUUUAAACAUGAUCAUGUUUUAUCAGUUCUUAUGAUUGCUGUAGCAAUUCCACUUUCAAUGUCUUUUUGGAUAAUUAAUAUUUUUUAUACGAAAUUGACUCAUGAGGAAAGUUUUGAAGAUCUGUCUUCAAUAUCUCCAACAAGAUGGUUAGCAUCAUGUUUGAUUCCAAUACCAAUAUCAUUAUAUGGAUACAGAAGGAAGACAUUGAACCUUAGUGGUGCUCUUCUUGCUUUGGUUGUUGGAUUUGUACUUAUUUUAGCAAAUUAUUGUUUUUUGAUGACCUUAUUAACAUUUUUCUUAACAUCAUCAAAAGCAUCACAUUUUAGGCCCCAUUUAAAAAAAAAAUUUGAAGAGGAUUUUAAAGAAGGUGGUGAAAGGACAUGGGUUCAAGUGCUUUGUAAUGGAGGAAUGGCUACCCAACUUGCUAUACUAUACAUUAUUGAUGUGGGAUCAUCUGAAAGACCAAUUGAUUUUAAUAAAGAUUAUAGAGCAUCUUGGCUCAGCAUGGGUGUUCUUGGUGUCCUGGCAUGCUGUAAUGGUGACACAUGGGCUUCUGAACUAGGAACAGUUCUGUCAAAUUCUGACCCAUAUUUAAUUACAACAUUUAAAAAGGUGCCAAAAGGAACAAAUGGGGGAAUUAGUGUUAUUGGAACUAUAUUGAGUACAGUUGGUGGUCUUGUUAUAGGAUUGGCUCACUAUUUAUCUAUUCUGUAUUUUUCUGACAGAAUAUUGUUCACAUAUGCUCCACCCCAAUGGCCAAUAAUUAUGUAUGGUGCAAUUGGUGGUCUUCUAGGAAGUCUCAUUGAUUCACUCAUGGGGGCAACUUUGCAGUAUAGUGGUGUUGACAAGGAUGGGAAAAUUGUUUCCCACUCAAGAUUAUCUGUAAAGCAUAUAAGUGGAAGAAAUAUAUUGGAUAACAACAGCGUCAAUCUUAUGUCCACUGUUAUCAUGGGAUUGCUAAUACCUACUCUGAGUAAAAAUUUUUGGCCCAUAUCAUAAUUGUUGUGUUUAAUAUUUAAUUAUUAAUAUAAGUCUGAUACGUCCAUUUUCAAAGGCUGCAUUUUAUUGUUGACUUUUUAAUUUAAAUUGAAUAAAGAAUUGUAAUUAAAA